AGGAUGAUGUUGGAUCACCCGGAGAGCAGCAACGCAGCCUAUGCACUGCAGAUGAUGGUCAUGUCGGUCAUUGUGCUGUCAACCAUCAGUGCUGUUUUCGAAACGGUUCCCUCUCUCCAUCAGGAGUAUGCAAGCUUUUUCUCGGCUUCGGAGUGUGUCUUCACAAUGCUCUUCACAGUGGAGGUGCUAUGCAGAAUGGUCGUCUCUAAGAGCUGCAGGGGCUACGUGUGCUCCAUCUCCAAUCAGAUCGAUGUCAUCGCCACCAUGCCUUGGUACGUGGAACGCAUCAUGGUCCACACGGCCCCAGCGAGCGACCAUAGCCAUCUUGAAAAGAUGGCGGGGUCCUUGCGGACCUUGCGCAUGGUCCGUUUGGCUCGGAUG